AUUUAAACAUCUGAAUAUGGUUACACAGAUAUAUUUAUGCCUGCGCACAUAAGUCCUCAAGAACUAUCGACUGGUUAUUUACACUACUAUUGAUACAGAGGGUUUCUCAAAACGCAAUGGCGAGCUCAAACAAACCACAAGCCUUUAAUCCCAAAACCCUUGCAGCCCCACCACCAUCCUACGACCAAGUAUGCAUAACACCCAUCCUUCCAACCAGCAAACUUAUCACAAUCGCGGGUCAAAUCGGACGACACCCGGAGCACGACUUCAAACAUAAUAAAAGCCUUCUGGACCAAGCCGCGCAGGCCUACGAAAAUGUUGCUAAUGCCCUGGCCGCUGCCGGGGCUACUCCUCGCGACAUCACUUUUGUGCGGCAUUACAUCGUGCAGGAUUCCGGCGAUGCGGAGCUGAACAAGAAAGAUGUCGUAAGUAGGGGAUGGGCGCCACUCUGGAUCGAGUUUAUGGAUUCGAAGGGUGAAGGCCAUAGGCCGCCUGACACAGUUGUCGGUGUGGCUUCAUUGGCAACGAAGGAGAUCCUGUAUGAGGUUGAGGUGGUGGCUGUGAUACACAGUUGAGAGGCGUUAUAGUUUAUUGCAUAUAUGGAGGAUGAGUCUUUGUUCUCAUGCUCUCUCUGGCUAUUUACUCAACACAAACCGUCUGUCUUGGAGUAACAUGGUGACAGAUAUAUAAACCGACUGAUUGAGCCAUACGAAGUCGUUCGAGUAUCUAGGGGGCUCUAACAAGAAAACUUCCCAUUACAUGGCUUCACAAGUCUCUCUGUCCGGUAUAGCAUUCAUAGCGAAUUCGUUGCAAGGAUUCCAGCAAUCCGCAAUGCCUUUACAGAUCUGUGUAGACCAGCGUGCUGUAUCUGUUACAUUUGAUGAGUACCAUUAUUUUAGUCGAUAUUCAUACUC